GAGUUGUGGGAGUGUGACGCUACAACCACCUUAUAAAGGGACUCACCGUGUGUCUUGAAAUUAGAGCACGUUGCCUAAAUUUGAGGUCUCCACACAGUCACUGAAAAGCCGCUGUCAUGCAUUCGUUGAAGUUGGACCACAUGCUUCAUAUGACCGAGACGCCGCUCUUCUGGGUCGGGACAUUCACCGUGGCCUCACUGUCUUUAUGGGUGCUCCACCGACUCCUCCAGGGUUUUCGGAUUUGGGUCUUGGGAAAUGGACAGUUGCUCUCUCCGAAAUUGGGCAAAUGGGCAGUUGUGACGGGAGCCACAGACGGAAUCGGGAAAGUCUAUGCAGAGAAGCUUGCUGGAAAAGGGUUUGCCAUGAUGCUCAUCAGUCGCUCCCAGGACAAGCUGGAUGACGUCGCCAGGCAGCUUGAGGAGCAAUACAAGGUGGAGACCAAGACCAUCGCUGUGGACUUUGGUCUGUCGGAUAUCUACCCCAAGAUCGAAGCUGGACUGGCAGGCCUGGAGAUCGGAGUGUUGGUGAACAAUGUUGGAAUCUCCUAUCCCUACCCUGAAUACUUCCUGCAUAUUCCUGACCUGGACAACUUCAUCACCAACAUGAUCAAUGUCAACAUGACCUCUGUUUGCCAGAUGACCCGUCUUGUCCUGCCCAGAAUGGUUCAGAGGUCCAAAGGUGUGGUCCUCAACAUCUCCUCUGCUAGUGGCAUGUACCCUGUCCCACUUCUCACUGUAUACUCCUCUUCCAAGGCUUUUGUGGACUUCUUCUCUCGUGGACUUCAGGAGGAGUACAAGGCCAAGGGAAUCAUUGUCCAGAGUGUACUGCCCUUCUUUGUGGUCACCAAGAUGACCCGUAUCAAGAAGCCCACCCUGGACAAGCCUACCCCUGAGCGCUAUGUGGCCGCGGAGCUGAACACCAUCGGACUGCAGGGCCAGACCAACGGCUACUUCCCCCACGCUGUAAUGGGCUGGCUGACCACUGUCCUGGUGCCUAUUAACUUGGUCAUCUACUUCGGGGCCAGGAUGAACCGAGCCCAACGCACCGGAUACCUGAAGAGGAGGAAGCUGAGGGAACUGGCCAACCAGAGCAACGGAAAGAGUGACCUGCUGAAGAGCGAGUAAAACCAACUCCAUAGCAACGAAUGCAGACUAGAAGCUGACCAUAGAACUACCAUUCAACUACCCUGGACUGUCUGUCUUGAUCAG